UCAGCAAUCUGCUUGUCAUUCACUCUUUAACGCUCUAGUGACAAAGAUUCUCUGUGUGUAGGGAUGGUGAUGGAUAUCAGGACACGCGGGAUAACUGCCCUGAAGUGCCCAACAGUUCUCAGCUGGACUCAGAUAAUGAUGGCAUCGGGGACGAGUGUGAUGAUGAUGAUGAUAAUGAUGGAAUUCCAGAUAUCCUUCCUCCCGGCCCAGAUAACUGCAGACUUGUUCCCAACCCCAGUCAAAAAGAUACUGAUGCCAAUGGAGUUGGUGACAUGUGUGAGACAGACUUUGACAAUGAUAAGGUGACUGACUUGUUGGAUGCGUGCCCUGAAAGUGCAGAGGUCACUUUGACAGAUUUCAGGGCAUUCCAGAUAGUCAUUCUCGACCCAGAAGGAGAUGCUCAGAUCGACCCCAAUUGGGUGGUACUAAAUAAGGGAAUGGAGAUUGUGCAGACCAUGAACAGCGACCCUGGUUUGGCUGUGGGCUACACGGCAUUUAAUGGUGUCGAUUUUGAGGGAACAAUCCAUGUGAACACAGCCACUGAUGAUGAUUACUUGGGCUUCAUCUUUGGCUAUCAGGACUCUUCAAGCUUCUAUGUAGUGAUGUGGAAACAGACAGAACAGACGUAUUGGCAGAAUUUACCUUUCAAAGCCUCAGCUCAGCCUGGAAUACAGCUUAAGGCAGUGAAGUCUCGUACAGGUCCUGGUGAGUAUCUGCGUAAUGCCCUGUGGCACACAGGAGACACACCAGGGGAAGUUACUUUGCUCUGGAAGGACCCAAGAAAUGUGGGCUGGAAGGACAGAACGUCCUAUCGCUGGCACCUCACUCACCGCCCACAGGUGGGCUACAUACGAUUAAGAUUGUAUGAAGGUACAGCCCUAGUGGCAGAUUCAGGAGUCGUGAUAGACACAACUAUGAGAGGAGGGCGGCUGGGCGUCUUCUGCUUCUCUCAGGAGAACGUCAUAUGGUCUAAUCUCGGCUAUAGAUGCAAUGGAACUCCUCCAUGCUCCUCAUCAGCCCAGUCUUGA